GAACCUUUGCGUCUUCACUCGACUAUCCCGUCGGAUUUAUUUUUACAAGGCACCGCACUAGCUUGGCUGUGUACCUUGUUUAGCAAAUCAUUUGAUAAAUAAGACUUCGUGGUUUUGUUCAUCGAUGCCACUAAAGGAUCAAUCAAACUCGACGGCCGCCAUGAAACCAGCAGUGGAUGAGAUGUUUCCUGAGGGAGCAGGACCGUACGUUGAUCUGGAUGAGGCUGGGGGAAGCACAGGACUGCUGAUGGACCUGGCUGCCAAUGAAAAGGCAGUUCACCCAGACUUCUUCAAUGAUUUUGACGAUCUGUUUGAUGACGACGACAUCCAGUGACAAAUACGAACACGUCUUCAGAGUAAUGAUGGAUUAUAUUCGCACCACUCUGCACCUUUUUUUUUUUGGUGGAAAGCAAACCAACCAUUUACUGUCUAAUGACAUACAAUUUCCUUUCAUAGUUCUCCUAGUUUUAGGCUUUAAAAAAAAAAACAUCCUUAAAAAGUUGUCACCAGCUCCAGAUGUUGUAAAAUUCUUAAGAUCCCAAGGAUUCCUUCAUAUAUGGUAUGUUGAAAUUAUGAGCUUGUGUCGUGCUCACGUCUUCCACUGCUUCUAAACGGGAUUGCAGGUUUCAGUGUGCCGGAGAACACCUGUUGGGAGCGUAAUUAUACAUGUAUACAGAGGCUCCGUACGCUGUCGCCCUUAAACAUGCUGCAGAUGGCAUAUGAUGAACGACAGUCUGCUAAAAUGGCUUAAAUUAUUUGUAGCACAGUGUGUGAUAGUCACAUAAGCUCUGUGUGUUUUGUUUCAUAUCUGCAGUGCGUCCUGUUACGUUAAGAGUUUGCACAUAUGUGUACUGUAGUUAUGCGCUUUUGUUUUUGUGGUCAAAAAUCAAUAAAUAGCAUUUUGUAAAUAUGAA